GAGUAACUUUUAUUUUACAGUCCUGCAGAACGCGUAUUACCACGUCGCGGGCCGCUCCCACGUCGGGACCGACAGGCCUAGCCUGCCAGCCGCAUCGUGGGCCUGCUGGACAGCCCAACGUUGCUCAGCCAGGAGUGGGUUGCGGAGGGCCGCCUCCCUCCUAGCUGAGCUGAGGUUGCGGCUCUGCUGGCAAAGUGCGAGCUUUUGUUGGGCGGCCGCACGGCAACUGCCUCGUGGAAUCACGAUAUAGGAUGGCUUCACAUCCCGUUAUCGGAUCCUGGUGACAUGUGCCGCGUCAACAAGAUAUCGAGCCCUGGCAUAACAGCGUACACACGGGAUCAGCCAUGGAAGACGUUGACUCACGUGACCCCGCAGGAGGACUUAAAAAUGAAGCCAGCACCGUGCUACUCCAGUGGGCAACGCAGCAGCGAAAUGAGAAACAUGCUCAGGAGCACUUUUUUCUACGUAUUCCAGGUGCGGAGACCAGGAUAAAAAGUCUGCGGAAGUAUGAGCCCGGCGUGGCGCGAUGUCCCUGGUGAACCUGUUCGGCGGCCUUCGGCGGCUUCUGCGCCGGAGGCAUGUGCACAUCGACAACUGCGUCUUCAGGCUCCACUGGCUGGUCACGUCGUCGUUGCUCGUCGCCUUCAGCCUGCUCGUCUCGGCGCGCCAGUAUGUGGGCGAUCCGAUCGAGUGUGUGCCGCCGACGAGCGACUUCCCAAUGGAUGUGCUCAACACGUACUGCUGGAUCCACUCAACCUUCACUAUGCCAACGGCGCUCGACAAGCGUGUCGGGCUGGACGUUCCGCACCCGGGCGUCGACAACUCGGGUGGUGCAGAGCGCCGCUACACCGCCUACUACCAAUGGGUGGCAUUCACGCUGUUCUUACAGGCAGUGUUCUUCUACAUUCCAUACUACCUAUGGAAAAACUGGGAAGGAGGCCUUCUCGAAGUCAUAACGAUGGGAAUGCACGUCGCCAUCAUGGACGAGAAGGACCGCAGCCACAAGAAACGAGUGCUCACCGAAUACCUGCACAGGCACAUGCGCCACCACAGGAUGUACGCACUCAAGUACAUAUUCUGCGAAUUUCUCAGCUUCGUCAACGUCGUCGGCCAGAUGUUCUUUAUGGACAAGUUUCUCGGUGGCGAGUUCUGGAACUAUGGCGUCCAGGUGGUUCGGUUCACGCUCACGGACCAAGAGGAAAGGCGCGACCCCAUGAUCUACGUCUUUCCGCGAAUGACCAAGUGCGUGUUCCACUCCUUCGGCUCUUCGGGAGACGUGCAGAGGCACGACUCCCUGUGCAUCUUGCCGCUGAACGUGGUCAACGAGAAAGUGUACGUUUUCCUCUGGUUCUGGUUCGUGACGUUAUUAGUGCUCACCACAGUGGUGUUUGUGGGCCGGCUCGUGAUCCUCGCGGUACCCAUGUUGCGCUUCCAGGUGUUAAAGUCGAGGAGCCCGCUGCUCAACUCGGAAGACCUGCGGACAUUGGCGCAGUUCGCCGACGCUGGCGACGCCUUCCUUUUUUACAUGCUCGCACAGAAUCUCGACCCCCUGGUGUACAAGGAGGUGGUCGCAGAUCUGACGCUUGUUAUGAACCACAAGUCAAGCGAGGACGGAGCCCCGCUCAACACGAUUUGAGUUGUCAAAAGAACUAAAAGGUGUCUCGGCACACCAGUCGCCUGCCCCAAGUUUUUUUCUGCGCUCCGAGUUGGUGAGGACUGUAUAAAGCAGGAGACAAACGGUGCAGGCAUCGUAUGAAAUACUGCCCACACGCCAUUACCUCUACAAUCACCUAUUAACAUUGAUUUUGUUGUGGUGAUUGUCACUAAUUUAUUCCAGCUCUUCCAGUUAAUUACAUAAUAUUGCCACGGAGAUGUCGCGAGUACAGGAAAACUAUAUUUACAGUAUAUUUACAGGAGGAGUCAGAGCUGUUAAGAUGGCUGACCACCACGUACACGCAUCAGCCAGCGUCUGCAAUAUUCUUCUUCCUCUCUCUUCCUUCAUCCACCCGUAACAAUAUUUUUAGAGCAUUUAGCUCAAUAUUUUUUUUCCAUAAUAAGACUGCCUGAUCAUGAAUUUGCGGUGCAUUUGUUGUUGGAAAGCGCCUGUUUUUUUCUUUGUAUGUAGCACUGCUGUAUGGAGUGGUGUCAGUGUGUAGAAACAGCGCGCAAAGUAAAUUGCGACACUCCAGGCCUUGUGUCUGCACCGGGGAUUCUCUGAUAAUUCUGUAUAGGAUGGAAAUGCUAAGAAGCUAAUCAAAACAGCUGCUGAAGUAGCCAUCCGCGUAUACUAUCACGUGUUUUUCGACGUGUACAAGCGCGCCUAGAUAUACGGAAAUAAGAGCAAGCAGCAGACAAACCUGACAUGCUUAGUGUUUUUAGGAAACUGCCUAGCGCAAUUUUAUUUCUCCAUGCGACACAGAUAUCACGUUCACUAUUAUUCGUCCAGGUUCAACUAUAUCUCGCCGAACCAACUUUCCUUGUUGUAUUGCGCUAGUCUAAGAAAUGCGAAAGUAAACGUCGUUGGCGUUCUUAAUUUAAAGAAGUAGUCCAAUUGAAAUGAACUUUCAAGACACUGAUUCGGAGUUCUUUAAGAAAAGAAAAAUGGUUACAAAAAUGAAUGAGUGCUUUUUACGCGGGCUAUAAAUUUCACCAUGACAUUAUGAAUUCAAGCACAAGGACGUCUCAUGCGCAUGACAAUUGAUGCGUGAACUUUUGCAGUGCAAAUAUUAUUAAGUGAGACCCUCACAACAAUCGAGGAAGGGAGUGAGAAAAGUUCUACAUGGUCAUGCUGCGCAAAUCAAAAUAUACAUGUAUCGACCAGGCAAUUCAUUAUUUCGCAUUUUAAGAAUAUACACCCAGUCUGUUGAGAGAAUGUUCAACCAACGCAAUCUUUACAACAAAAGCUACCCGGGUGUGAAGCAUGACUUCAAUUCUAAGCAUAUGCUACUUAGCAGUAGAGGUGCAAACCAUUAAACAUUAUUUCUGGCGCAUGAGUCUCAAGGAAAAUAUUUGUCUUCGUUACACAAUAUCACAACGCGAUAUGUAACGGCAAGAUACGCUAUUUGUUUUUUAUGUUGGGUAAGUUAUAUUGUAACAUGUGACUUGUAUUACGAUAAGUUCUCGUUAGCAAGGCAAACGCCAUCAGAUACCACGAUACAAAAGCAAAGAAAAAGAUUGUUCAUUGUAGAAUGGCGGGUAACGUUGUGCAGCAGUAAAAAAAAUUAUAAAUUUAUACACAUGCUGCGAAAGAAUUCAGCCCGUUUUCAAGAUGAAGCCACUAUGAAAAGAAACAAGAUGGGGGAUGCAAUUGAAGGGCUACUAGGUGAAGUGUAUGCAGGCUAACUUGUUCGGGGGUAAAAAUCAAUAUGGCGCACUGUUGUGACGAACUAGAAUAACUGGGUAAAUAACUUCAGGCCUCAGCCACUCUUACAUUUAAGAUAGUUGUGGAUCUAUUAUGAGUUAGGCUAGCGGUGGCGAAAGAGGACCCAAUAAAGAAACUACAGGCCACAACGCAAUAUUUUCUUUUUCUAAAUAAAAUUUUAGUUUCCAGUUAGAUCUCGUGGUGAAGCUUCUUUCCCGUGUUCCCGACCGCGGCGCGACAAUAACAUUGCCGCAAGUUGCAUAAAGUGGCUGCAUAAAACGGCUGCAAAAACGGCAGGGAGAUCAAGCAGGAUCUUCAUGGUUCGAGUGUUGCAAGCACAAAUGUGGCCAUUAAAAACAAUUAUAAUCUAUCUAGGUUUGUGCUGGUAAUGGAUGGCACAUCAUCCGAGCUGUUUGAUGCAGUUGAAACCCGAAAUUCUAAAAUUCUGAUAGUACCUCCUGCUGCCGAAGGAACAAAUUUUCUUCUAAUGCUAAGUGUCAUGCCAGAUGGAAGCAUUUAAGGAAGCCUGCUUCAAGUGAUUCUUAAAGACUUAUUCUCGCCACGCCCAAAUUUUCGUUCACGCUCUAUUUGUGUAUCUUGAGCAGAACAAAUUCUUAAUUACAGAAUAUUUAUCUUCAAAAUACAGUGUUAAGACCAUGGUAGUAUUGACGAUUAUAUUUCGGUGCUACAGAUCAAUAUUGAAAGAAAUGAAAGAAAUAACAGCUUAGUUUUGGACAUGCAUAAAAUAUAAAACUUGCUAUACAUUGCGAUUUACGUUUAGUAAUGCUUUCUUUUUUCAGAAACUAAGCCCAGCCAUCUUUAUUUUAUAAUGGUGCCUUCGCCUUUUAUAACUUGGUGUAAAAACAUCACUAAUUUUUUGACCCUGUAUUUGCUACCAGACCAAUUAUUCUGUGAUCUAGAAAUAAGCGAUAUGUGUCUACACUCCUGCGCAUGGAAUCUGUUGUUCCUGUGUGGCACAAAAGGCAACUUCCUAUAGGAUGUAGAAGGUUUGCAAUCCGUGCCAGCUGGUACAUGUUUGAACGAAAAAACCAGUCACAAAACACCAAGGACAAGAGGAGAGGUUCACACAACGACGACAACAGGUCGGUCACGAUAGAUGCGAAAUCUUAUCUUGUGUUUCCAUACUCUAUGAUUAGUGAUGCUGUGGUUGCGCAUGCACUGCUGGCCUUGCUGGGAUUACGCGUUUCUUAUAAAGCUCAGUGGAUAGUCCAGUCGUUGUGGUGUGAACCUCUCUUCUUGGCCUUUGAGUUUUGUGACUGGUUUUUUCCUUAAAAUAUCGGGUGUAAUUCCUUCUGCAACAUAUCUAUGUGAAAUGUUCACGUCGUGAUUAUGAAUUUUUUUUAAAACAAGAACUUGAAUGCAGAUAAGGUUCAUCGCCGUUGCCUUCUUAAUCCCCCGUGGUGGCGUAGUGGCUCUAGCGUUGCGCUGCUAAGCUCGAAGAUGCGGGCUCGAAUCACAGUCGCGGUGGCCGCAUUUCGAUGGGGGACGAAAUGCAAGAACGGCUGUGUACCGUGCAUUGAGUGCAUGUCAAAGAACAUCUGGUGGUCACAAUUAUUCCUGAAUGCCCCCCCCCCCCCAGCUACUUGUCGUGCCCCAGAAUUAUCUUGUGCUUUUGGCACCUUAACUCUCAGAAUCUAAUUUUGUUGCUUUCAAAUUGCUUGCUGAAUUAUAGAACGCGUUCUUAAUUUGUUUGAGAACAAACACCUCACGAAAAACGCAUUGCCCCGCAAGCUUCCUACAGAAUUUAGGCCUUAUCAGCAAUUGUAGCAUGCUGUAAAGCUAUUAUGAACCCUGCAACUAUAAGUAGCCUAAUGCAAGUUAAUUUUGACGAUGCGCGACAUAUAAAACAGGUCAUAUUACGAUGCUAAACCUCAAUUCACAUACAAUGCACACCAUCACAGCAGGCCCUUUUCGUAGCAGUUUCUCUGACAAACAGUUAUGCUCCUGAGGCAUCUACGGAAUUACGUGCAUGUAUACAAGACAAACAGGUAUCUCUCCUAAUAUCCGCAACUCACUUGUCGGACAGUGAUUACAUAGUUUGCCAGAACACAAACAUCCUUUUUCUUGGAGCAGUAGAGCAUGAAAGAGCUAGGCAAUAGAGAACGCCUGAAGUUAGAUAUAAAAUUUCGGGGACGCUAAAGCUUCGUCUUUAAGAGUGAAACGGGAUUGCAUUAUAAGACCCUUGACUGUUUUUCAUGCUUCCCGCAACUACAGCUUCAUAAUCAUCAUCAGCCUGGUUACGCCCACUGCAGGGCAAAGGCCUCUCCUAUACUUCUCCAACAACCCCGGUCAUGUACUAAUUGUGGCCAUGCCGUCCCUGCAAACUUCUUAAUUUCAUCCGCCCACCUAAAUUUCUGCCGCCCCCUGCUUCCCUUCCCUUGGAAUCCAGUCCCUAACCCUUAAUGACCAUCGGUUAUCUUGAUUUAAAACUGAUGGUAGCGCUAAAAAGGAACGGACACACGAUGAAAAGACGACACGACGACGAAGAAACGCUACUGACAACUGGUUUAUUUUUUCGCAAAAGUUCUAUAUUUAAAAGAAUCACAACACAUGCGCACACCCGAACUACACCAGCCUUCUUUAUCGCCAUAUCGAAAACAAUGUCAUGCACGCGAAGCGAGAUGAUAAAACUCCCAAGCAGCAAGAAGUGAACACAUCACCAAUUGAAGAAAAGCCAUACCGUUAUGGUUUUUCGAAUUUCCCCAGAAGUGUGCGAUCAGCCGAGCACAAAUUUAUUGAAGCAUCACUGAUGCACAGACCCGCCUUUUUUUGUAUGUGGAAAGCUUCCAGCAAAACUAUAGCUUUUGCACUUGCACUUCUGCCCAGAACCUUUGCUUCUUAAAACGGUGGCACGCACUCGCAAACCAUCACAUGCGAAACUAAAUUCGCAAGUUUGUCUUGUUUUGUUAGGUUUUGAGAGUGAGAGUGAGAGUUUUAAAGAAUGCAUCACCAACUAGCCCGGCACCAAGUUUUAUUCGGUUAUCUUCCCUCCUCAUUACGUGUCCUGCCCAUGCCCAUUUCUUUUUCUUGAUUUCAACUAAGAUGUCUUGAACUCGCGUUUGUUCCCUCACCCAAUCUGCUCUUUUCUUAUCCCUUAACGUUACACCUAUCAUUAUUGUUUCCAUAGCUCGUUGCGUCGUCCUCAAUUUGAGUAGAACCCUUUUCGUAAGCCUCCAGGUGUCUGCCCCGUUGGUGAGUACUGGAAAGACACAGCUAUUAUACACUUUUCUCUUGAGGGAUAAUGUCAACCUGCUGUUCAUGAUCUGGAAUGCCUGCCAAACGCACCCAAGCCCAUUCUUAUCCUUCUGAUUAUUUUCGUCUCAUGAUCCGGAUCCGCCGUCAAUACCUGCCCUAAGUAGAUGUAUUCCCUUACCACUUACAGUGCCUCGCUAGCUAUUGUAAAUUGAUUUUCCCUUCCGAGACUGUUAAACAUUACUUUAGUUUUCUGCAGAUUAAUUUUUAGACCCACUCUUCUGCUUUGGCUCUCCAGGUCAGUGAGCAUGCAUUGCAAUUGGUCUCCUGAGUUACUAAGCAAGGCAAUAUCAUCAGUGAAUCGCAAGUUACUAAGGUAUUCUCCAUUAACUCUUAUCCCCAAUUCUUCCCAAUCCAGGUCCCUCAAUACCUCCUGUAAGCACGCUGUGAAUAACGUUGGAGAGAUCGUAUCUCCCUGAUUGACGCCUUUCGUUAUUGGGAUUUUGUUGCUUUCUUUAUGGAGGACUAUGGUGGCCGUGGAGCCACUAUAGAUAUCUUUAUGUAUUUUUACAUACGGCUCGUCUACACCCUGAUUCCGCAAUGCCUCCAUGACUGCUGAGGUUUCGACAAAAUCAAACGCUUUCUCGUAAUCAAUGAAUGCUAUAUAUAAGGGUUGGUGAUAUUCCGCACAUUUCUCUAUCACCUGAUUGAUAGUGUGAAUAUGGUCUAUGGUUGAGUAGCCUUUACGGAAUCCUGCCUGGUCCUUUGCUUGACAGAAGUCUAAGGUGUUCCUGAUUCUAUUUGCGAUGACCUUUGGAAAUAGUUUGUAGGCAACGGACAGUAAGCUGAUCGGUCUAUAAUUUUUCAAGUCGUUGACGUCCCCUUUCUUAUGGAUUAGGAUUAUGUUAGCGUUCUUCCAAGAUUCCGGUACGCUCGAGGUCAUGAGGCAUUGCGUAUACAGGGUGGCCAGUUUCUCUAGAACAAUCUGCCCACCAUCCUUCAACAAAUCUGCUAUUACCUGAUCCUCCCCAGCUGCCUUCCCCCUUUGGAUAUCUCCCAAGGCUUUCUUUACUUCUUCCGGCGUUACCUGUGGGAUUUCGAAUUCUUCAAGACUCUGUUCUAUUCAAUUAUCGUCGUGGGUGCCACUGGUACUGUAUAAAUCUCUAUAGCACUCCUCAGCCACUUGAACUAUCUCAUCAAUAUUAGUAUUGAUAUUGCCCGCUUUGUCUCUUAACGCAUACAUCUGAUUCUUGCCAAUUACGAGUUUGUUCUUCACUGUUUUUAGGCUUCCUCCAUUCCUGAGAGCAUGUUCAAUACUAUCCAUAAUAUACUUCCUUAUGUCAGCUGUCUUACGAUUGUUGAUUAACUUGGAAAGUUCUGCCAGUUCUAUGCUAACUGUAGGGUUAGAGGCUUUCAGACAAUGGCGUUUCUUGAUCAGACCUUCGUCUCCUGCGAUAGUUUACUGGUAUCCUGCCUAACGGAGUUACCACCGAUUUCCAUUGCACACUCCUUAAUGAUGCCCACAAGAUUGUCCUUCAGUUAUUGCUUCAACACCAAGGUCCUCUUCCAGGGUUAAAGCGGAAUACCUGUUCUUGUAGCUUGAUCUGGAAUUCCUCUAUUUUCCCUCUUACCGCUAACUCAUUGAUCGGCUUCUUAUGUACCAGUUUCUUCCGUUCCCUCCUCAGGUCUACGCUAAUUUGAGUUCUUACCAUCCUGUAGUCACUGCAGCGCACCUUGCCGAGCAGGUCCACAUCUUGUAUGAUGCCAGGGUUAGCGCAGAGUAUGAAAUCUAUUUCAUUUUCAGUCUCGGCGUUUGGGCUCCUCCACGUCCACUUGCGGCUGUCCCGCUUACAGAAGAAAGUAUUCAUUAUCCGCAUAUUACUCUGUUCCGCAAACUCUACUAAUAACUCUCCCCUGCUAUUUCUAGUGCCUAUGCAAUAUUCCCCCACUGCCUUGUCUCCAGCCUGCUUCUUGCCUACCUUGGCAUUGCAGUCGCCAAUUAGUAUGGUGUAUUUAGUUUUCACUCUACCUAUCGCCGAUUCCACGUCUUCAUAGAAGCUUUCGACUUCAUGGUCAUCAUGACUGGAUGUAGGUACGUAGACUUGUACAACCUUCAUUUUGUACCUGUUAUUAAGUUUCACAACAAGACCUGCCACCCUCUCGUUAAUGGUAUAGAAUUCCUGUAUUUUACCAGCUAUAUUCUUAUUAAUGAGGAAUCCGACUGCUAGUUCUCCUCUCUCCGCUAAGCCCCGGUAGCACAGGACGUGCCCGCUUUUUAGCACUGUAUAUGCUUCUUUGGUCCUGCUAACUUCACUGAGCCCUAUUAUAUCCCAUUUACUGCCCUCUAAUUCCUCCACUAACACUGCUAGACUCGCCUCACUAGAUAACGUUCUAACGUUAAACGUUGUCAGGUUCAUAUUUCAAUGGCGGCCUGUCCGGAGCUGCAGCUUAUGUAAGCAUAUUGUUCACCGGGAAACGCUGGCGGCGAACGCUAUCCACGCAGGCAGCCUUUCUGGCAGAAACGCGGCCCCCUGUGUGGGUCGAUCUCCUGUUAUUGUUUCGCACUUUUACUAUUUAAUUCUGAGAAGAGCUAACACAAAAGUCAUGGGCUGUAGGUGUUUCGUUUUUUUUUCAUUACAUUUGUUGGGGGGCUGCCGUUAUCGAAAUUCCGAAGAAUAACUUUGUAAAGAUUGAAAGACAAGGUAUUAGCAACUUUGGUGGUAGAAGAGUGGUUGGGUGUGCAUGGUUAGGCAUAUUAUUCGAAGUGCCGAAGCGCUGACCGACGCUACACGCCGGACUUUCCGCGACACUGGGCCCUUCACGCUAGCGCGUUAAAAGCUUGCAAGAGAUGUUGAGCGUACACAAUAGAUGAGUGAUUUCAUAAGAGAUUCGGAGAAAUUUACAGCACACAUUUUUUACCUACGUAAUUAUUGAAGGUCACUGUCAACAUGGAGUUGAGAUUGUUGCAUUGUGGAAAAUUUCUUUAUGUGAAUUAAAUCUUUACAAGUUAGUGUAGAGAAUAUAAACAGCUGAUUAUCUUCCUGGAAGUACAUUGGCAUUUAUUCCGCACAUAAGGCAGGCAAGCCAUUGCUAGUGCUUUUCAAAAGAAGCCUGUAAUCUCCUUUGGUAGCAUGUCCAUGUAAAGUUUUCACGUUGCAACUAUAAAAUUACCUGCAAAUGAAAGCUAGAAUGCAGGCGACAGCAGAAAACAACAUUUGAAUUGCGGAUUUCUUGUUUUGUGAUUCCUGUAGUGCAAAGACGGUAAAAUUGUGGACAACAUAGCGUGGUGUCGCAGUUUUCGCAAAAUUUUCCGAGUUAUCGGCCACAACUCAUAUGCUAGCUUUCACAACGAAACAUGGUUUAUGAACUUUAGCAGGAAAGAAGUUUGGGCGUGUUGGUGGGAUACAUACAGACUGGGAUACAUGACACAGGGACAAGCAGGAACACAGGACGAGCGCUAACUUUCAACAAUUGAUUUAUUGCAGCUGGUGAGUAUACAUAUACUCACUGGGACGCCACUGCAAUAGGCACGCUAAAGGGAAGUAAGAAAAAGCAGUCAUGUGACCACUAUGCCCAAAAAUUCAAGCUCUUUCCUUGAUAAAAGUAUAGAUGGCGUGACAUUUUUUGCGCUAUGUAUCCCAGUCUGUAUGGUUUAUCAUACCUCAUAAGUUAGAAAUACCGUGUCUGCAACAACUUUGCCCAGGCGGCAUCACUGAACGUACUGGCAGCAUUGUUCAUCGACGCCCGAGUAAUUGAUGUAUUCAAUUAAAAUGCAAAUCGUUCACGCAAAUAAAUGGUACCACCCCAAUUUGUACAUGUUUCACU